AUGGGGGCUCUUUACCAAAAUUUGUGUCCGGGUUGGUGUUUUACAACCAACAGUUCUGUGGUUGAUCAAGGUAGGAUAGUAGUAGCAUGGAGGCCAAAUGCUUUCACUGCGUCUGUGGAGUUGGUUAUUGAUCAAGUGAUACAUUAUUUGAGACAAUGUGGGAGAUUUUUCACUUGGACAAACAAGCAAGAUGGUGAAAGAAGGGUGUUUUCACAAAUUGACAGAAUUCUGGUGAAUGAAGGGUGGAGAACUCAGUUUGAAAAUGCUAUGGUUCAUUUUAUGCCUGAAGGUGAUUAUGAUCAUUGUCCUGGCAUGGUGUGUGUACAUAAGGAUCAGCAGGGCAGAAAACCAUUUCGUUUUUUCAACAUGUGGACCACAGCUACUGAUUAUACAAGGGUUGUUAGCAGGGUAUGGGAUAUGCAAGUGAGAGGUUGUCCUAUGUACAGAGUCACUCAAAAGUUGAAGCAGUUGAAGCUAGAAUUGAAGUGGUUGAAUAAGCAAGGUUUUUCUGAUAUUCAGGUGAAUGCUUAUCAAGCUGAGCAACAAAUGCUUCAAGCUCAAGAGCAGAUGCACAGAAAUCUAGGAGAUAGCUCACUUGUUGAUGCAGAGAAAAAAGCUACUGAGUGUUAUAAGAAGGCCCAGGCAAUGUAUGUGAGCUUCCUAAAGCAGAAAGCUAAAGAUAGAUGGAUUUGCUUGGGGGAUGAAAAUACUAAAUUGUUCCAUCAAUCUAUUAAAGCCAGGAGAACUCAGAAUAAAAUUUAUGCAAUCCAAGAUAGUCAGGGGAAAUGGGUGUAUGAAGGAAAAGAGGUGGAUGAUGCUUUUGUUAAGUACUAUAAGGAGUUGUUGGGUGUUAACAUGGGGGACAGAUGUGGAGUGAAAGCUCAAAUAAUCCAAAAGGGGGCUGUUCUUAUAGAUGAGCAACAGGAAUUAUUGAAGUGUAAUUUUUCAGAUGAUGAAAUCAAAUAG